AUGAGCACCUCUCUUAAUUACAAGUCUUUUUCCAAAGAGCAGCAAACUAUGGAUAACUUGGAGAAGCAGCUUAUUUGUCCCAUAUGCUUAGAGAUGUUUACUAAGCCAGUGGUUAUCCUCCCCUGUCAGCACAACCUCUGCAGAAAAUGUGCCAACGAUAUCUUCCAGGCCUCGAACCCUUACCUGCCAACCAGAGGAGGCACAACUGUGGCAUCAGGAGGUCGAUUCCGCUGUCCAUCUUGUAGACAUGAAGUAGUUCUGGACAGGCAUGGAGUGUAUGGUCUUCAAAGGAACCUGUUGGUGGAAAAUAUAAUUGAUAUUUACAAGCAGGAAUCUACCAGGCCUGAAAGAAAAACUGAACAGCCAAUGUGUGAAGAACAUGAAGAUGAGAAAAUUAAUAUUUAUUGCCUGAAUUGUGAAGUGCCAACAUGCUCAAUGUGCAAAGUUUUUGGUGCUCAUAAAGAUUGUGAGGUUGCUCCCCUCACGAAUGUUUACCAAAGACAGAAGUCUGAACUCAGCGAUGGCAUUGCUGUAUUAGUGGGAAGUAAUGACAGGGUGCAAGGAAUUGUAACUCAGUUGGAAGAAGCCUGCAGGACAGUUGAGGAUUGCUGCAAAAGGCAGAAGGAGCAACUAUGUGAAAAAUUUGAUUAUCUGUACUCAAUACUGGAAGAAAGAAAAAGCGAGAUGACACAAAUAAUCACGAGGAGCCAAGAAGAGAAACUGGAACAUGUCCGGUCUCUGAUAAAAAAGUAUGCCGACCAUUUGGAGACAGUGUCAAAACUAGUGGAAUCAGGCAUCCAGUUUAUGGAAGAGCCAGAAAUGGCCGUUUUCUUACAGAAUGCCAAAGCAUUGCUACAAAAAAUUACUGAAGCUUCUAGAGCAUUUCAGAUGGAAAAAAUAGAGAAUGGCUAUGAAAUUAUGAGCCAAUUCACUGUCAAUCUCAACAGAGAAGAAAAGAUAAUAAGAGAAAUUGACUUUUACAGAGAGGAGGAGGAGGACAAUGAGGAGGAGGAUGUGGCUGAAGCGGAAGAAUUGGAUGAAGUCCAGACAGAAUCCUCUGGUGAGGAAGAAGCAUCUGAGCAGGUAUCUCAGCAACCUCAGCAGGCCACUGAGAUGCCAAAGGAUACACUCGCUGUCUCUCAGACUAAUGCAGCACCAUCAUUGCCACCUCCACCAUCAGUUACUGCUGCCUCUCCUGUUAAUCAGGGUGGCGUUGUGCUGACAACUACCCAACAGUCCGGAGGACUAAUAGAAGCUGAACCACAAUCAAGUGGAGAGCCAACUGAUCCCUUGUUUUAUCCUAGCUGGUAUAAAACUCAGCCACGGCAAACAACCAAUUCAAAUGCAGUCCCAGUGACUGAAAUUAGGCAGGUAGGGCCUUCAGUUCCCGCAGAGGCGAAUGUGAAGAAGGCAGAAGCUCCAGAACUAGCUAUGGCAAAUGGAACUUCUGCUGCAAGUAGUAAGGAAGCUAACACACCCACUGAUACUUCACAGACUGGGUCUGAACCAUCCCCUCAAGGACACAUGGAAGGACGUCCUGGGAGCAAUGAGAGAGUUGAUGAGCCGGCUCGUCAUGUCUUCUCUUUCUCCUGGUUGAACUCAUUGAAUGAAUGAUGACUCUCCAUCCAGCUGGCUUCUGGAAGGAUUCAUAGGAAGCAUGUGACUUGGCUCAAAGUGAUAACAAAUAAUGCAUUAAAAGGAAUGGUGGAUCACAUUUUAUCCAAAAGAUUUUGUUUGAAAAAAUUCUCAUUGGAUUUGACUCUGUAAUAUUUGUGGAAGCAGCUGUACAAUUUGGGAAAGGGGUGGGAGGGAAGAAGAAAUGUAAGUUAAUAGCUAAUCAUGAACCAAUGGAGGAUCAAGUUCCUACCAGCUUUGGAGGUAAUGGCAGGUAUCAAGUGGUGACCUUAUUACUUGUCAAGGUCACCUCAUUGGCUAGGUACUGAGUUUAUGUGAUAAGGCUUUAUCUAAGGAAGGUGAUAUAUGAUAUAACAAGCUAUUGCAUGAUUAUUGCAAUUGAUCCUAAGUGUGCCGCAGCAAAAUUAAUGUCAGAAAUUUAUGUGAAGAAAAGAAAGCAGCACAAUACUGUUUUUACAAGUAAAGUGCUAAAGGCACACAAGACACAUCUGUAAAUUGGGGACUUCUAUACGCAGUUUUACAGGAGUGGUUUACCAAUAUUCUUGCAUAGCUGUUUCUUCACUAAAGGCAUUGUUAAUAAACUUCACAUUACA